AUCCUCCUUCACUCUGUUCAUGCUUAUUUCUAUCCUCGUAUCCCUCGUCCUUCUUUUCUUCAAGUGCCGGAGUAGUUCAUCUUCUUACUCUUCUUCACCUUUAGGAGAAGAGAAGUCUUAGAGGCUGACGAGCUUGUUGGUCAUAUGUGAUAUCCCUCUGGUGCCUCCUGACAGGUCAAGUGAGCCGGCAAGGCCGGCGGAAUCUCAUAUCUCUCUUUCUCUGGUGGAUUGGUUGAGAAAGGGUUCGCCUCCGUCUUUCACAUACGAGACGCCCGCCCUGUCAUACCGGAUGGCUAUCGACCUCACACCGAUACUGAGAAGGGCGUAGGAUCACACAUCUGCUCAUAUAUAUUGGACGGGGUGUACCCACACCACACACAAGCACAAGCACAAGCGUACCACGCACACCCACACCACACCAUAAAAUAUAUAUAAGAUCCACAUCUAGAGCCAUCGUCAGCCAUGCCGAGGACCACAAGGAAUCAGCCCGAGCCCUCACGGCGUGACUCCUGGCCGCCUACACAGAUUUCUCUCUACCAGAGCAUCGAGGACGAAGGCAACGAUACCAAGAUGGCCGCCCGCCACCGCGAGUCCCUCGCCGUUGAUGACGACCCUAUCAACUCCUUCCUGACACCCACACCCCUCCUCGAAGAUGGUGACACCGACGACGACAUCAUGGACAUGGACAUGGAUAUGGACAUGGCCUUUGACGCAGGCAUCGAGGACCCACAGCGGCCCUCGCCCGCCGUCCGAAGCAUCAGCCCGUCUAAACUCACCGGCGGCCUGAGGCCACCACCAUCCCCAAGGACACCAACCCCGCCCCAUUACCUCAGAUCAGGCUCCAGGUCGCCCCCCUCUCGCAACUCUCCUGAGAUUGCCACCCCCAGCACAGACAUGGGAGGCGCCGACAACGACUAUGAUGACGGAGAAGACUACGUCCGCCUCACACCACAGGGCUUCACCCUGGCCGCCCCACCCCUCACCCUCCGCAGCUUCAUCUCGCACGGCAACAAGGCUCGCAACAGGCCCAAGAUGGCACCCGCAACGCGCGGCCGCUCGAUGACCUCACUGGGCCGGCCCGCACCCACGCCGCUCUCGCGUCUCCCAAACAGGCCGAGGAGCUGGUCGGGUGCGAACGACAACAUGUACCACGGGAGUGGUGGACGUCUCUCCCCACGGGCGUGGCGGGAGCCGAGCCCAGAUGUGUGGAGCAUCGAGGAGGAUGCAGAGGGAGAGGUGUUGAGCGAGAUGGAGGGGGAGGUGGAUGCGCCGGAUUAUGUUCGACGAACGGCUAAGGCGGGGAAGAGGGUUCGCUUUGCGGCUAUGAGGGAGGAGAUUCCUUGA